AUGGCAAGUGGGGGUACGGUGAGUAUGCACCACAACCCCAGGAGGGCAAUGGCACAUUGGAGGCAAUUGCUGGACAAGGUUUCUCUUGUGCAGACCUUGGUUGGGCUGGAGGAGUCAGUGAAUUCGUGGCUUCCGUCCGAUGCGACGGGAGCGCCAGCUUCGUCUCAAAUAUCCUCAAGGCAGUUGGCAGAGUUGAUCCAAGACGCACCCAAGUUGACGCCGCUGAAGACCAAGGUUGCUGCGUUGGUGGAGCCAGAACACUGUGCGCAUGUGGAAGAGCGGCUCACAGCGGCAUCCAACCAGUACCAGACUUGGGCCAUAUGCUGGGAUUGUCACUCCCGUUGGAAGCUUCCAAUGGAGUGGCAUCGGACAGCCAGUCCGAAGAAGCCACGCGCCAAGACAAGCGCGUCGAGCUCAGCGGCAGAGGCAUUCAAGAAGGAGAUCCAAGGUCGAAUGGAGGCGGAGAUGCGAGCAGAGUUUGCACACAAAGUCCAAGAGCAAGCCUUGAACAGCCAGAGCAUGAUGCUGCAGCUGCGCUCGACACACGCCGACACAAGGAUGAAGGCACAGCUAUCUCAGAUGAGGUGGAAUCAGGAGGUGCAACAGAUCAUGAUGAACGAGUACGCCACAAUGGCGAUGGGACAGAGGUUCCAAGAUCACCCCGACUUCCAUCACAACGAGAUGCACAUGUAUGCAGAAAGAAUUCUACGUGCGGAGGAGGAGACCCGGAGGGAGUCCAGGAUUGCGGAAGCCCUGCGCAUGGAGAGUCAGGAGGAGGCGUUAGUCGAGAGCGGCAUCCCAACCCAGGAGGUCUGGGUGAGGCUGACAGGAGAUGGAAUGGCUGAACGUGUUGAGGAGUUCAGUCGCUGUCCGCAUUUUGGCAUCCAGGAUGUGUUUGUGAAGGAUGGCAAUGAGGCCUUUGCGAUUGCUGAUGUUGAAGAGCUGGUUUUUGAAGAUGAGUGUUUUGUUGUUUUGCGAAAGAGUGCCAAAGAUGCGGCUGAGGAUUGGCUUCCAGAGGUGGAGGAAACAGCACUUCCCCGCAAGACCAAGAAGCAGCUGCGUAGGGCCUUGAAUGAUGGAGUUAUGAAUCAAGUUUUCGCUGUCGAGGUCAGCGAAGAGAGCAGCUCACCGAGAGAGGUGGCUGAAGUCUCCAGUGAUGAAGUUUCCAGUUCAACAUGCGCUGUCGAGGUCAGCGCAAAUGAUGGCGUACCGAGAGAGGUGGCCAUCGAGCAGGGUGCUGAAGAUGCACUCGCUGUCGAGAUCAGCGAGGUUUAUAGCCCGCCGAGAGUGGCGGCUAUGGCAAAAAGGUACAAACUCAAAGUUGGGAAGUCGUACGACAUCUUGACGGGGUACGACCUGCGGCUCAAAAGAGAUUUGAAUCGAAUGUGGCGUAGUCUGAGUGAAGAUGAGCCAGAGCUGGCCGUUAUCAGCCCGCCGUGCACGCCGUUCUCCCCACUCCAACAGUGGAACUUCCCUCGAAUGCUCUUUGAGAAGGUUGCCGUGAUGAUUGGAGAAGGUUUGCAUCAUGUCUCCAUAGCAUGCAAGGUGGCAAAGUGGCAGCAUUCUCAUGGGAGGUUGUUCGUCUUUGAGCACCCUAAACCUUCAAAGGCUUGGGAUGAACCUGAGAUGUUGGAGUUGAUGAUGUUGCCAGGCGUCUAUGUUUGCGUGGUUGAUCAAUGUGAGUACGGCUUACAAGUCGGAUCUGGGCUCAACAAAAAGACCACUCAGUUUGUCGUCAAUUCAAUCCACAUAGCUGCCGAGCUUCAGCGCCGCUGCAGUGGCGAACACCAACAUGAACCGCUGACCAACGGUCGUUUGAAGAAGCAUCUUCGGGCCAAAAGAGGGCAAAACUCAGUUUUUCUUGAAGUUCCAGAGGAGAUAGCUGUUUUAGCUACGGGCAGUCAAGCAGUUGGGCAUGAGUUGGAUGAGUUUGAGGACAUAUUGCCUCAAGAGGUUGCCGAGCACAGACAGGCAACCAGGGCUGCUAGGAGACUUCAAGUGGCUGAGAGAGCAGAGGUAGCAGUUGCAGAGGAAGACAAGCUCAAGAUCCGAAAGAUGCACAACAACCUGGGUCACCCUGCAUUAGACAGUUUUGUCAGGUUUCUGCGUGCUGGAAGAGUGCGUGAUGAGGUGGUACGAUGGGUUCUCAAGGAGUUCAAGUGUGAGACAUGCAGCAGUCAAGCUAUCCCCAAAGCUCCAAGACCUGCUGUUGUCCCAAAGUGCUACAAGCCUGGAGUUGCAGUGGGGAUAGAUCUUUUCUACAUUCCUGACCCUCAGAACGUCAGGUCACUCCCAGUGCUGAAUGUGGUGGACGUUGGCACGAACUACCAGGUCAUUGAGUUGCUGGAAAACAAGGAUCCACUCAGCGUUUGGCGAGCGUUUUGGGCAUGCUGGUGCAGAGUUUUUGGGGCACCUCAGUAUCUGACUGUUGAUGAGGGACUCGAGUUCAGAGGCGAGUUCACUCAAUGGUGCUCAAACUAUGGCAUUCUGAUCUUUAGAUCAGCAGCUCGGUCUCCCUGGCAACAGGGCAAAGUGGAGCGUCAUGGUGGCCUGAUGAAGACCAUGAUCGAGCAUGCCAGAGCAGCUACACCCAUUGAGAGCGUUCAGGAUCUCAAGCUGCUGUUGCAGGAGUGCGAAAGCGCAAAGAACAGGUUCAUGAAUCGCUCAGGAUACAGUCCAGUGCAGAGGCAGAUUGGGCAGUGGCCUCGUUUGCCAGGGUCACUUAUGAGCGAUGAGUUCUUGGACCCGGCGCUUCAGCUUCAGAACGCGUCGGACGAGUUCGAUCGUCUGCUUGAGCUCAGGCGUUUGGCGCAGGAGGCCUUCGUUGAACUUGCAAGCAAAGAAGCAGCUGUGAAAUCAUUGAGGGCGAGAUCAAGGCCACAGCGAGUUUUCAAGACAGGCGAUGUGGUGUACGUGUUCCGAGCUCUUCGGAAGAAGAAGAGUGUGCAUGGGCAGCAAGCAGCCCGAGGCCAUGGCAUGGGCCGCAAAGCCACUUGGGUCGGUCCUGGACACGUUCUUGCGCUUGAAGGUUCUGUGGUGUGGAUCAAUAUGUUUGGUGAGUUGUGGCGAGCUUCUGUUGAGCAGACGCGUGAAGCCACGACCAUGGAGAAGCUUGGAGUAGAGAUGGUGGCAGAAGGUUUUCAAGAGAUGCAGGAGAGGUUGAAGAGGAGUUCACAUAGAGCGGGCUACAGAGAUGUAACCCGGGACAUGGAAGAGCUUGAUGUUGAGGAGGAAGGAGAACAGCGUGGUCAGCCAAGGGUUCGUUUUGCCUUGCAAGAUGAUGUGACCACACAUCCUGCACAAGGUCCUUCAUUGCCGCUACAAGAUCUGCCCGCUGUGCCUGAAGAAAGUGAGGAAGAGUCAAAUGAGGGAUCAACACCCCAUCAUGAUACCAGAAGGGCCUCAAGGGCGACCGUGCCUGAACCAGAUGCAGAAGGUGAAGUGAUUCAAAUGAAUGAGGCCGAUGUUCAGAGAGAGUUUGACAGGCAAGCAGAGGAGGAAGCAAUAGAGAGUAUGGCAGAGUCGGUUCAGGCAAAUCAGACUCUUGACGGUUUGAUCAAUGGCUAUGAAGCAGCUAGGCAAGCGGUUACGUCAAGAUGGCAGCAAAGAGGAACAGCACCUUACUUUGCCGAGUUCUUUUUGCAAACCGACGGUCCUGAAGCAAAUGAGGUCGAGGAAGAUCCCAAGCGGGAUUAUUGGGCAUAUGAUGAGUGCCGAGGCAUUUUGCAACGGCACCAUGUGCACUGGCGCAAAGCUCUCUUCAGCCCAGCACAGAUUGAGGGUUGUCCAGUUCCUUUGAGAGCAAUACGUGCCAGCCGAAAGACACAGAGGAUCGAAGCCUCAGGAGAGGUUCAUGAAGUUUCAGAUGAGUGGUCCCUUUUUACGAAGAAAGAAGAUCGACAUACGUGGUGGAAGGGCAUCACAGAGUUUGCAGUGGACAAACAUUAUCUGCAAACGUUCAAAGGACCACAGUUCAAAAAGCGAGGUGAAGGCGAAGUGUUUGCACAUGAGAUCCCGGCUGAGGAGUGGCCGGAAUGGAAAGUUCAAGAUGCGGAGGAGUUUGGAAAGAUCGUUUCAAGUGGCGCUUUGAGGGUUCUGAGCGUGGAAGAAAGCGCUCAGGUACAGAAGGACCUUAGAGAAAAGGGUCAACUCAACAGGAUUUUGCCAAGCAGGAUGGUCAGGCGUUACAAACCAGGAGAUAGCCCGGGAGCGCCAAGGACGAAAAAGUCUCGUUUCUGCAUCCGAGGAGACAAAGACCCAGACAUAGCUGAUCUGUCGAGGUUUGCACCGACAGUCACCACCUCCAACUUGCAAGUGCUUGUUCAGGCAGCCAUGAACAAAAAGUUCCGUGGCGUUGUGGGAGACCUCAAAGCGGCGUUUACACAAAGCAUGCCGCUAUGCCGCAGCGCUGGGAAACUUUACUGCAAGUCAAGCGAAGGCAGUAUGCCUGGUUUGGAGGAGGGGCAAAUAGCAGAGAUUGUCUUGGGUUGCUAUGGUCUUUGUGAUGCUCCGAUGCACUGGAGAAAGACUUUGGUGCGGUUUCUCAAAGAAGAGCUGGGUUACAAACAGAGCUGCUUAGAUCCUUGCACCUUUCUUCUACAUGGCACAAAUGGUUUGCAUGGAAUGGUGGCGGUUGAAAUAGACGACCUGCUGAUGUUUGGUGACGAAGUUCACGAAGCAAAAAUGGCCUUACUUCAAAAGAAGUUCACAUUUGGGAAAAUUCAGACCAUUGAUGAGAGCGGUGUCAACUUUAAUGGCAGGAGAUUGCGCCGCUUCGACGACACGAUGGUCAUUGACAUGAAGGCCUUUGUGGAGGAGCGAUUGAGUCCUGUGCCCUUGAGCAAAGAGCGUUCGAAGCAGAGACAGGAGAGAUUGACGGAGGAAGAGAUCGGAGAAGUCCGCAAGACAUGCGGGUCCUUGAACUGGGCAGGCCGUGAAGGCCGACCUGAUGCGGCAGCCGCUGCAUCCAUGUUCGCAUCUCUCAUGAAGGAGAUGACAGUCUCCGACGUCCUCGAGCUGAACCGCGUUGUGGAGCGCCUCAAGCAGUCCUCGGAGCUGGCAUUGAAGAUUCAGCGGAUCGAGGAUAUGUGCUGGGGGGUCAUAUCUGACGCCUCUUGGGCCAAUGCAAGAGGAGGCAAAACACAAGGCGGGCAUAUGCUCGUCACAUUUGACCGGAGCAUGCUGGAUGGUCAUCGAGCAAUAUGUAACCUUCUGCAUUGGAAGAGUGGAAAAUUGCAUCGCACAGUCAAUAGCACGCUGGCAGCGGAGACGCAAUCACUGGCGAGGGGAAUAGGAGACCUCUUGUGGAUGAUGGUGAUGUACUUCGAGAUCACCAUCCCAGACUUUCAAUUGCGUGACUGGCGGAAGCAUAUCCAUCGGAGCGGGUAUACCGCCUUUUCCAAGAAUGAGGAAGAGCAGAUGGCUGACGCAUUGGCUUUGGUGGAUGCGAAAUCUCUCUAUGACUUGCUAGCGCAUGAGACGAGUGGCGGCAAUGAUCGAAGGACGGCUCUGGAUGUGCAGAUGUUACGAGAAGAACUGAGCGAGCUGCACGGUAGGAUCCGUUGGAUAGAUCAUGUCCACAUGCCAGCAGAUUGCCUGACGAAACGUUCAGGCAGAAUUGACUCGCUUUUGGAGAUGUUACGUACAGGGAAGUUUGGCAUCACCGAAGAGUCUGCAACCUUAGAGAAUAGGCUUGAGACGCGUAGGCAAACUGGAUAUAAUCGUAGAUGA